UCAGAAAGCGUAGCCAUUUUAGAAAAUCAAAACAGAGUGAAAAUUUCGGUGCACCCAUCGGCGGUGCAGAAAAAGUGUUUUUUCGUGCGUGAAUAAACUGUGAAACCGACGGAAAAAUGUUCUAAACGAAUGGAAAUUGACCGCUGGAGCAGGCACCAUGUGGUUACGGAGCGAAACCAGAGACCGAAGGCUGCGUUCGAGCAGUUCUCGAAUAACCGUUAAGAAUAAAAGGCACGCCAAGGCACAACAGAAGAUAAAACGCAGUCCCUCGGAUGUGAUUUCAACGACGCGACGGAGCACGCAUCCUCUACAGCUUCCGGGCGUGGGUGGAGCUCGUUGUCGUCCGGUUGUAAGCACCACAAUUGGGGCCUCUGCACGUACUUUAACGCGUUCCGGCAAUCGUGUUAGUCCGAAACGCACACUGAAAGGUGCUCGACGAAUCAACAAAGCAACGUUGAGUGGAGAUGAAGAAGCAAUCUCGGAGGAUUGCAAGGAAAACUGCUGGCAGGAUAGUAAUGAUCUCACCCUAUUCGAUUCUACCGUCAGUCUUAAGAAUCAGUAUGAAAGCACUAACUUAUACUCAAAGAAGGGCGAUGAAAUCGGAUCGCCCGAUGAUUGUAUCAAUCAGUUUGGAGUGAUAACUUUCGAUUCGAACAAAUCGGCAGCGGGAGCAAUUAGCUCGACUGGUGGAGUUAUCAAUUCUCAAUCGGUAGAGCCACUCAAGUCGAAGUGCAUCACCGAAUGUGAUAGUACUACUGAAAUAGGUUGCGAUGUAAGUUACCCAUCGACUUCUUCGGGGUCGUCCUGCACAAGGCGUCUGAAAAGUCCCCUUGAGCAUGUUACGCCCUCCUCUACGUUACAGGACAUAGUAGUUCCAGAGGUGGACUCUACGACCGAUACGAUUCCAGAUACCACCAACGACUUGGUAACGGUGGCCUCAAAUAUCAUCUCCGUUUUUCCAUCUUCAGCAUCUUCAUUGUCUUCGACGUCGUCGUCUUCGUCAUCGUCCUCUUCAUCUUCCUCGUUGUCCUCCACUUUCCAACCGACAGGUUACAGCAGUUGCUCAUCCGUGUCCGGAGUCGAUGAUCAACCGGCAUCCAGUAGUUACUCACCCAACGCUACCGCAACGGAUUUGAUCUCAAUGUUCGAUGACGAACACUACAGAAAUUCGGCCGAGCUCUACACCGAUUUCCUGCCGUGCAAUACGUUAUUCACCCAAGCAUUACUUAGCUGUGGCGAUGUCUCGAGCCUCAACAUCAACUGCAAUCAGGUACUUUCCGAGAACAUGACUGCAGGAAUAAAUGAUUCGGGAUUUCUCUCUUCGAUCAAUCCGAUGGCUAUUGAAAACCUUAAAGCGUUGACCAAUUUUCAAACCAUGAACACUUCCGACGAUGCAGGACCAAGUUCGAGCGGGGCCUAUCUGACGGAAAUCGGGAGUCGGGUGUAUGAAUCAUCCAGCUCGAACGGCACUGGCCACCUGGACGGACAGGUGGAUGGCGAAUCUUUGAUUCACAACAUCGAGUGCAACGAAACAAUUCCAAUGUGUGGCGAUGACUGCGGGAAUGGAAUGCAGCUGGAAUCCGAUGAAUGCAUGGAGAUCGAGGAAUCCAACGACAGUCAGCAUGAGCAUGUCACCUGGGAAACGUUCGAUCCGUACGUGUUCAUCAAGCAUCUGCCCCCGUUGACGUGUGAAAUGCGUUCCAAGUGCCCUGCGCUGCCAUUGAAGACUCGCUCCAGUCCGGAGUUUAGUCUAGUGCUUGAUCUCGACGAGACGCUGGUGCAUUGCAGCUUGCAGGAGCUGUCCGACGCCAGCUUCAAGUUCCCGGUGCUAUUCCAGGAGUGCAAAUACACGGUUUUCGUUCGGACGCGACCAUUCUUCCGCGAGUUUCUUGAGAAGGUUUCGCAGAUAUUUGAAGUUAUCCUGUUUACUGCCUCCAAGCGGGUCUAUGCGGAUAAGUUGCUUAAUUUGUUAGAUCCUGAGCGGCGACUCAUCAAAUAUCGUCUAUUUCGAGAGCACUGUGUACUAGUCAAUGGCAACUAUAUCAAAGAUUUGACCAUUCUAGGGCGAGAUCUGUCCAAGACGAUCAUCAUUGACAAUUCUCCGCAAGCAUUUGGAUAUCAACUUGAAAACGGUAUCCCUAUAGAGAGCUGGUUUAUGGAUCAGAGCGAUUCGGAGUUGAUGAAAAUUUUACCCUUCUUGGAACGACUUGCUGAAAUGAGAGAAGAUGUUCGGCCCCAUAUCCGAGAAAAAUAUCGCCUGUUCUCGUACUUACCACCGGACUAAGUUUGCUGAAGACAAACAACCACUGAUACUUGGAUAGCUAAGCUGUUUAUGCAUCUCCCUAGGCAAGUCGUUUCUGUUGUUUUCUCUACACCGAUGGGGGUGUAGGCGUUAAAUUAAAAUGAAACAAUAAGUAAAUCGACUAGAUAAACAAAAGAAUAACCUAAAACCAUAAACACAUACACAUUUAGAAAAGGUACACCAAGCAGCAUGAAAUACCUAAACAAAUUUCGAUAAAACACACACCCACAUUGAAUAAAUUUCUAGAAAUUUAAGCGUCUAGAUGUUGCAAAAUCAAGAAAUCACAAGAUAACCGUACAGUACAGAAAUAAUUUUUAAGCGUAAGAUUAAUUAACGAGAACAGAACGAGCAAAUUAAAAAGUUUUUCCUGACCCAAUUGUAACAGUUACUGUUUUCACCUAGUUUACAGUGGGUUUAAAAUCCUUAAAAAUACACUGAAAAAUAACGAUUGUAAGUUGACUAAUGGAACAAAGCAAACAUUAGCGUAGAAUGCAAUAUGAUAAAGUAAUCUAUACAAAACAACAUAUUUAACUAGAAUCGUAGAAAUGAAAUUUGCUAAACAAAAUGAAAACAAUACUAAAAGAGAAUGAAGCAACAUUUUACACUGAAUUCUUGAAAGAUUAAGUUGUGAGCAUAUAUCAUUGUUUAUAUUGUCUUAUACAAAGCGAACAUUAUUGUUAUAAAUAAUUUGAUAUUAUUUUUAUUUAUUAAAUAAUUGUGUGUAUCAUUGCUGUAUGAUAUGAUUAUUUUAAGAUGAUCAAAUUAUAUAUCGUUGUAUUGUGUACAGAAAACAUGAACAUUGAAUCUUAAAUCAAACAUACAUCAGAACUUUUCAAAACAGUUCUCAUUGCCUGCCGUUGAUUGAUGGGAAAAGAAUGUCCAUGUUUUGUGAAUCGGUUCGUCGAGUUCCUUCCAAAUUGAAAAAAAUGAGCUUAACACGCUUCCUGGUUUCUUACUGUUGUUCCACACGCGGAUGAGUUCCCCUUUUUGGUGGUCUGCCUUCAAUGAUAGCAUAAAAUUGUCGACAUAAAAAAUCGUAGCAUUCAACAUGACAAUCGUAAUCCCGAGUCAGGACUUUGAUUCAAACGGUGUUUCCAAGACGGAACCUUUUGACAUUUUGCUUCCGGGCUGAUUCAAUGCGACGAGUGAGUGCAACCAACAAUUAUCUUGGAAAUAAGGACCAUUUUUUCGAAAGUUAUGUCGAUUGUGUGCCUCAAAGGCAUAUUUUUAGACGAAUACAAAUCCUUUUUAUUCUCUCAUAAUUGCUUGGAACAGUUUUGACAGUACAUCGUAACACAUGAAAAUAUAAAAGCAAAAUGUCAUCAAG